GCAAAACUUGAUGAUGCGAGAGCACUUCAAGCCUGUGAUUUGAACGAGGUGAUUCCGUGGGAGGUUGUGGCUGAAGCCUCGAAUCAAAUGGCAUUCCAGAGGGCGACCAAAGCAGCGUCACACGUCAGAAAAACGGCCGUUUGUUCUUUCGAACAUCUUCGUGGAUACAGAAGAGAAGAGCGAAAGAGAAGAGAGAACGAAAGAACGAGAGGAAGAGAGGAAGAGACGGAGAAGCAGCGAGACACACACAUCCAUUCACUCACUCUCAGACUCGCUCGUGAAGAUUUUUCUUGCGAAAAAGUGAGUGCAGUCAGUUCGCUCUAGGAUCCGGACAGGUAAAGAAAGACAAGAAACACCUCCGAAAAGCAUUGCUCCCUUUUGGACAGACAUGAACGAAGUGCUAUAGCAACAACAGCAAAGCAAAAGCAAUAACAACAACGCCAACAACAGCCUAAGCAACAGACACCAGGUUUGAGUGAGUGGUGAGUGCGUCGUCGACGUAGCUGGAGUGUUCCAAGUGUUGUUACCUGCUGCAUGACUGCCAAGUUGGAAUUAAAGAAUAAGAGCACCAUCACUUCAACCGGCAUUUCGUGGAGUCAAUUCUUAAGUGAUGCAUUCUCGUUGUCAUCGCCGUGAUUUCUAGGCCUGAGCUUCUUCUCAUUGAGGUGAUGAACGCAAAAAAGGAAUAGUACUCUCAGACUGUGUGACACGGGAACAAUUUGGAAAACGGCAAACGGCAAACGGCAAUAGUCUUGAGGAAAAGUGAACGCCGCAUGGUCGGUUUGAACAACUCUGACCAUUGCUUGAACGGAUGGAAGGAUGGUUGGUUGGUUGGUUGGUCGGUUGCUAUGAUGAAGAUGAAGAACGCUAGGCCUAGUCGCACAUUAGAGUCUGGAGCUCCUGAUGUAAUCGUCGACAUCAUGAUGAUUACCAUUUGAAAAUCCGUGUCGUCGCCAGUUCAAAAGAGAAGAGCCAGUUUCCAGACAAUGACUUUCCUACAUAUUUAACUCGCCCUACUUUGGAUGAAAAUAUCUUUUCUGAGGCGUCUUUUAAACCAAUCGCAACGAUUACUUAAUAAUCAAUAAUCUCAGCGACCUCCUCCGACUGAAGAGGUCUGAAAACGUGCAUCCUGUGACGCAUAAAAAUUGUCCAACAAUUAUCCUUCUUCAAAACUCAACGACCCUUUCUGGAUAUCCAACUGCAGCAGCAGCAUCAUACACAAGGAUAUCGAGACAGUCGUUGUAUUUAUUGACUGCAUUCGUCACUCCAGUCACCAGUCAAAGUGGGAACAAUAUCCGUUGGCUUGUUUCUUCUCCUGGCGAGCUGAACUCGUAAGUAAGAGGUAUUAUCCUGAUGGAUUUGCGGUGUCAUCAACAUUGUUCAAAGGAAGUGGACCACCACAAGAAAACACCUCUCAAAAGCGAGUUGCAUCCAUUGACACACACGAAAAGUGGGCCCUUUUUCUACUUGAUUGGCUAAGGUGGGCCGUGGGCCUCUUUCUCCACUGUGUACACACCAGGAAUCCGGAGAAAAAAAGAACAGAGACAUACUACAAAGAGAGGAGACGAGAAAACAAACGUGACGAGAACUCAUUUCGUUAAGAGAAGCCUUACAGAUCUACACCUACUCCAAGUACCACCAUACCCAUCCACGCAUCUCGAGUCGCUUAGUGGCAUCAUCUCCAUUUUGCGUCAACAUUGCUCAUCAUUAUCGAAAGUUAAAGGAUCCACCCGCUGCACAAGGCAUCGAUCGGGAAGGAAAGAAAGAAGGAAAGGAAGAAAGAUCGAAGACGGAGAAGAAAGGCCGGUGCCAGCCGAGCUUGGACACGAUUACCCAUAGAACUUGGGUGUGUACCUUGUAUAUAGAUAUAUGUGUACACCCACAUUUAGAAGAGCACCUCUCGCCCCUUAAGUGUUGACAAAUGAAAAAUGAAAGUGCCGAGAGGCCAAUGAUAUCCCAAAGGGAAUUCGGGGAACUCGAGAAGAAAAUUGAAAAAUUGUUGUCAAAGCAAACGCGAUUUUUUGCCCAUCCUCAAAGCGGGCGAGGAAAUGCGAGGGUCUAGAAUUGUCCCGAAAAUGAGACAAAAGCAUCGGAAGGCGACGAAAGCAUAACACUUUAUUUAUCCUCCCAAUGUGUGUGAGUGAGGUCAAGCGACUUGAUUUACGCUCCUCGGUCUUGGUCCUCGGUGUUAGUCCUUGGUGUUGGUUGCCGGUGAUUGUACCACUCUUCCAUACAGGAGCUAGUUUUCCGUAGGACUUGCUUUUGAAGAGUACAUACAAUAACGGCAGUAACAACAAAAACAACAACAACAACAGACCCAGAGCCAUUCACUCAUUUACUCAUUCGCUCAACGAACCAGUCAGCCCUUCAGUCCGUCAGUGAAUAGUGAAGAGAGUAAGCCAGCCUAGCGACUCCAUCGCUACUUUGCCAGAGGAGGGUUGAGACCAUCAUUACAAGGCGACAUUCGACUUCUCUGGCCUACCUCAUACUUCUCACACAUACUUUUCCCGCCAGCCAUCUAUCCAUCCAUCCAUCCAUCCAUCCAUCCCCAUCAUCACAGAACUGCGACGGACCACUUGGGUUGCCAGCCAAUGGGUAAAAGCAGUACCUGAUGCCACUUGGUCUUAAUUGCUGGUUGCCCUGACGAAUCAAAGUGAACAUUUUUUUGUUAAACGGACAUUCGUCCGAGAAGACCUGAGAAGAACAAGGUGCAGCCGCAACAGCAGAUAUAAUGACGAACAAUGCUUGUCCAUGUGCUAGUACACAAUUGAGCGAUGAAGUGGAAACGGGAGGGCGGAUGUAAUUGCUUGUCCUUAAGUAGACGACGACGACGCUCUUGAAACCAACGAUGAAAGCAGCCAACGGUUUGUAGUGGGGUCAUCUUCCGAAAUGGGGCCCUCUCGAUCUCUCCGCGACAAUAAAGCCCUUUUAUCUGAUGGCAUGGACCCAUAAAUCAGCUUUAUCACUUCUGAAAACAAACUGUUCAUUGUGCACAUCUCCCACGUUCCUUCCUUCCUUCCUUCCUAAGUGGGCAUUGGAGCAUUGGAGCAUUGGAGGAGACAAACACCCUUCGACAAGAACAGCAGCUACUUAUUUAUGCAGGCAGGAAUUUCCUCCGCCUUAAGUGAGACGACAAAAUGCAGCUAGACUCACCAGAGAUCAAUAAUUUCUUCAUGAAUGCCAUGAUCCCUGGGAUGAACGACAGCUCACCGGAUAUGCUUUCAGGCAUUGCAGGGCUAUCGUCCAUUGCCGGAGGCUUUGACGAUGCAGUCUUGGACGGGGUGGUGGGAGUGGGAGUGGAGGCCUUAGACUAUCCAGACUAUGUGAUGGAUCCGACGUUUGAUAGCAACUUCUCCACCAUACCCACUCUGUCAUCGCCAGGGACUUCGCCAGUGGACCCCUUUAUAGCCAUGACCUACGACCGACUCAAUUGCGGUCAUUUCACCGUUCUAGACAAGAAACUGCAUUUCACCACUGACGUGACAGAAACGUGUCGAUUUUGGACUGAGGGUGUGUUCUCCCUUGUGGUAGCCGCGUUUGGCCUCAUUGGCAAUGUCGUGUCGAUAUGGGUGCUUUCUGUGCCCGAGAUGCGAAACUCGUUCAAUCGCUUACUGUUGGCAUUGGCAAUUAUUGACUGUCUCUUCAUUUUGCCUGGUAUCCUCAUUUACACUUCCAAAGCAUUCGCUUGGAAGGCCACGUGGUAUAACUAUGCUUUCCCCGUCUUUCUCUAUCCGUUCUCGGAAAUCGCUCUCUGCAGUAGCAUCUACAUGACCGUGGCCAUUGCUGUGGAGAGGUACAUAGGCCUGUGUCUGCCACUGCGUAGGUUAUCUCGACGGCCUUGUACGGCCAAGGCCUACAUUAUUCCAGUCAUUCUCAUAGCCCUGUUGCUUAAUAUUCCCAAAUUCUUGGAAUCAGAGACAGUUGCAGUCAAAACAGGAGGGCUGUUCAGCAACGAAACCAAAACGAAGGUCCGAGUGACAGAUUUGAGGACCCAUCCCACCUACAUAACCUAUUAUUGGAUGUGGACUCGCCUGUUGGCCACGGGCAUUCUGCCAUUGGUGGUCUUGGCCAUUUUGAAUUCCAAAAUCUACCUCUCCAUUCGUCAGAGCAAACAGCAACUUCGCAUAUUGGCCAUUCGCUCGGCAUUGCCAAUGGCCAUCCUCAGCAAAAAUGCACCUAGUGUCCCAAUGUCAGAUCUUGCAAAAAAUAAGGUAAAUCCCCCUCACGGCUCUGAGGAUCCCAGUACCAGCAUCAUGGGCACCAACGAGGAAAGUGAGGAGCAUGGUAGCAACGACUCCCCCCGAUCUCAAGUGGCCGAGACCACCACCGAGGAAGGCGAUGAAGUGGAAAAUCGCUCUCCCCUAGCUCAGAGGCUUAAGAGCAAGCAACCCCUCGCUAAUGGAGGCUCACUCCACCGAAUUGUCAUUCAAAGAAAGGCCGCCCAAGAGGAGCUCGUCAAUCAAAAUGGACAUUCACCCGCUUCUCCAUCCGUGUCAGGCUUGGGUCAACGAGGGGUCAAGUUGGGGCGAAUGGUCAAUGGGCAACUAAGACAAAUGCAAAGAUCGGUAUCAGCUUUUGCGAGCGGCGAGCCAUCAACAGCCUUCCGAAAGACUCUCAGACUCCGCCGAGAGAACCAGGCUCCAAUGUUACGCUCCAAUUCCGCUGCUGUAACCUCGGCCUCAGCUCUAUCGAGUCGGGUUAAUGGUCAUGGUUCAGCCUUCCAGUCCCAAUUGUUAACUUCCUCGUCCAAUCUGGCCACCAAAGGCUCGGCCACUGCCACAGGGGCAGGAGGUGGUAGUGGAGGAGGAGGAGGAGGGGCGGGAGCCAACACCAACGACAUCAAGUUGGCUCCUAUUCUCUUCGGAGUGGUCAUUGUCUUCGUCUUGUGUAACAGUCUCCGUGUCAUUCUCAAUAUCUAUGAUUUCUCGGUCGUGGAUAGCAUCAUCGAUUGCGAGAAAAAGGGUGUGGGGCGUUUGCCACCCUCGUGGAUCCUUUGCAGUAUCUCCGUGUCCCAUCUGCUUUUGAUGGUGAAUUCCUCCGUCAACUUCUUAGUCUAUUGUGUUGCGGGCACUCGAUUUCGCCGAGUACUCGUGCGGAAAGUCAGAGCGGGAUUUCGGAAACUCAGAAAGAUCCUAACCAGUCGCUCCAAGGGUUCGCCAUUUCAGUCCGCUCCUGAUGUGAACCGUAUGCAAAAUGGCCCUCGCCAUGUCAUUGGAGAAGCUCGAGGACUUUUACAACACGAUCAAAGACGUAACACCACGACCACGCUGCUCUUCACGACAAAUCCUUGUCCAACUACCCUUGAUAUUGAGCCCGGGAUAGGAGCUGCGUCAGCGAGCCAUCAUCCUGUAGUUCGUAAUAAUAACAUCUCGACCCGAGCGGCCUCCCUUAGGAAUGAGUUUCUUCUGGAGGAGAGCGAGACCGACCCGCUCAGCGAAAAUGGGGAGGGAUCAAUUCAAGUUCAGGUUGAUUCAGACUCCCCACGUGCUUCGACCAGUCCCACCCAUCGCCAUUUGCACAGACAGGCCACCAAGACCAAUGGCUCACCGCCUCCUUUCCCCUUAGCCCUAAAGAACUCGAGGGAGACAUCCAUUUAGAAGACAUUCUUGCUCAUCAUAUGCAUUUCUGCCUGGAAUCUAUGUUAACUACUAUAUUGCUUUUUGUACUAGGAAAAAACAGAGAAGAACUUAGCGUUUGGUUUAGUACGAGAUGCUUCUUGUUCCAGGGGAACUGGGAAUGCCAACAGUCGAACAGUGCAACUCAAUGCCUAAUGUACGACAUUACUAGAGUCUGCUAUUUAUGAUUUGUGAUUUUAUAAUAAAGAAAGCAUUAAUAGUGGAUCCCAAAGGUUUCCACUUUAAGUAACA